AUGACAGUCACCGACUCCAAAACACCCCCACCGGCCCCCGAAAUCCCCAUCGCAAACUUCACCAGCACAAAUAGCGUCGUCCUGCCUUACUCCCUCACCACUGUCUUCCCCGUCCUCACCUCCGGCAGCAACCUCGAGACCGUCGCCCGCCUCUCGGACCUCUGCACAACCUUCACCACGGGCGAAACGCGCAGCAUCUCCAUCUCCCCCGGCCUCCUCUCCACCGCGCGCGGCACAUCCUCGCUCCCCGCCUCGGCCGCCGCCGCACAGAGCGGCCUCGAGCGCACGACUUUCGUGCUCGAGGAGAAGGUGCCGUUCAUGAAGGGCCUGUUCAAGAACAAGGUCACCAUCCGCGGCUCGCAGACGGCAGACUGGGAGGGGAGGUGCUGCCUCUAUGAGAGUGUGGCGGAGAAGCAGGGCGUGUUUAUAUGGAAGCUGAGGACGUUUGAGGAGGUGGAGGGCGGGAAGACGAAGGUGACGGAGCUGAUUGAGGGGAGUUGUCAGGGGUGGAUGAGAUAUUUUGUGGAGAAGGAGUGCAAGCGCGCGAACUUGUGA